UUCACGAGUGCGCCCCGAUUUUUUAAAUUGCUUAAAAUUGUUGAAGAUGAAUUCGAAAGUAAAGCUAAAGGAAGUGUAUGAAGUACAAUCAGAGUACAAAGCUUUUUACACCGGCGGCACGGUUUGCUGGACGAACGAUGGUCAGCAGUUUCUUUGCCAGAACAACGGCGCAAUCUGGAUAGUGUCGGUUGAAAAUCAAAACGAACCGAUCACACUCGGUGAGCAACAGACGGAGGAUGAAAUCCAGGAAGAUAUCAUCUUUACAUUUGCCAUCAACGGCGCCGGUACUAGCAUCGUGUCGGGGCAUCGAUCAGGCCUGUACAAGCUAUGGGAUCAACAGACGCGUACGGUGCAGAAAAUGUGGAAAUCUUCCCACCAAGGGCCAAUCACAAAGCUAGUAUUCAGCCCAGACGAUGAACUCAUCGUUAGCGGCGGCUCCGAUUCCACCAUCCGUAUCUGGGACCCGUCCAAGCAGGUUUGCCUAGGUACACUGCGUGGUUGUGCCGGUGUGAUUAAUUUAAUAGUUUUCCAUCCGGAUAUGGCAAGCAAAAUAAUAAUCGCUGCCGGGGAUGAUGACAAAAUUCUUGCUUUUGACUACUUGGAGCGGAGAGUCAUCAAAACGUUCGCGGGACAUUUUUCGCGUGUGACCGGUGUUUCGUUUACGGAGGAUCGCCAGUAUAUGGUCUCGUCAGGUAGGGACAAAAUUCUGAUCCUUUGGAACUUCGACACGCUGGAGGCGGUUAAAACGAUUCCCGUCUACGAAGCACUGGAAUCAGUAGUCGUUCUACCGGGUGGUAUAAAGAUCGGAGGUGUUAAGCUGGAAGAAAACUAUGUGUACGCCGCUUGUGCUGGUGAAGAGGGUGUCAUUAAAGUGUGGGAAAUGACCGAGGCCAAAAUCGUGUACAAGCAAACCAACGCCCUCGUGGAGAGAGCGGCCGAUGAGGGUGGCCUGGCGAUAUCGCAACUAUUCUACAACCAAUCAAUCGGCCAGAUGGCGAUCGUAUCGGCCGAUCAUAAUAUCCUGGUGCACGAUUGUGCGACGUUCGAGUGUGUCCACCAGCUGGCCGGAUUUAGCGAUGAAAUUCUGGACAUCGUGCUCCUUGGUAAACGGGAUCGUUACCUAGCGAUGGCGACCAACAGUAACAAUUUUAAAAUCUACGACACCACCACAAUGAACUGCCAGCUGGUGCAGGGUCACACGGAUAUCGUACUCUCCCUUUCGGCUAACGAUCAAUAUCUACUUUCUUCUUCGAAAGAUCACUCGAUCCGUCUGUGGCGGUUCGAUGAGGCAAUGUUCAAGAUCACUUGCGUCGCCGUGGGUGUGAAACAUACUAAUGCUGUUGGUUGUGUGGCAAUGAGUAAAAUAUCCGGCAAUUUUUGCGUCAGCGUGAGCCUGGACAAAUGUUUGAAAACGUGGAAAAUUCCCAAAACAUUCGCAGCGCCUGAUGGAGAAGAACUGCCACGUCUACAGUGCUCGCUUACUGAGUUGGCGCACGAGAAGGAUAUCAACUGCGUGUGUAUCUCACCGAACGAUCGGCUCGUAGCGACCGGCUCGCAGGACAAAACCGCCAAACUGUGGGACGUGAGCAACCUUGCAGUCGUUGGCGUGUUUCGGGGACAUCGGCGUGGUAUCUGGGCGGUAAAGUUUUCACCGGUUGAUCAAAUUUUGCUUACGAACGCGGCCGACUGUUGCAUUAAGCUCUGGUCGUUGACCGACAUGACCUGCCUGAAGUCACUCGAAGGUCACGACAGUUCGGUGCUCCGGGUAGAGUUCCUUUCCAACGGUAUGCAGCUUCUUUCGGCCGGUGCCGACGGUCUGCUGAAGCUCUGGUCGAUCAAAACCUCCGAGUGCGUACAAACGAUGGACAAACACGAUAGCCGCAUCUGGGCCUUGUGUGUGACACGAGAUGAGUCCGCUUUUUACAGUGGCGGUUCGGAUUCGAAGAUGAUCAAGUGGCACGACGUGACGGAAAGCAAGCGUAAAGAGGAGCUAGACCAACGCAAGCAGAUGCUACUGGAGGAGCAAGAGUUGAACAAUCUGUUGAGCGAGAAAAAGCUUCUCAAAGCACUCCGUCUUUCACUGAACCUUAACCGCCCGUUGAGCACACUGAAGAUUAUUAACGAAGUGAUUAAAUCGCAGGAACAGGCGGGGCUGGCUGACACAGUGCGAAAGCUGUCCAAUGAUCACAAGGAAACGUUGCUCGUGCACGCGGUCGAGUGGAACACCAACAGCCGCAAUUGCCGUCCGGCCCAGCUGGCGCUACACAUUCUGAUGCAGGAAAUUCUCGCCGGUCGGUUUGCAGUGAGCGAACUAAACAAACAUCUCGAAGCCUCACUGCCGUACACGGAGCGGCACUUUAAACGGCUCACCGGGUACAUGACGGAUCUUAAGUUUGUAGAGUUUUCGUUGCGCUGUAUGCAACCGUAUGCGUGCAAGAUGGAAUAGUUGAGAAAAAACGAGUAUAAAUAAACGAGAAUAAUAAAACAAAACUGCUUGUAAAAUACUUAAUCGCA